UUAGUGUAGUUCAAUUGGUAGUCGAGUAGACCAAACGCCCGACUAGGCGUCUGACAUUUUAAAAGUGAGGUUAUUGGUGAAAUGUGUGAAAUUAGAAAUUAAACCAAACGUGAUUUUUCUAAAUGACUAGUGCAAAAUGGGUAAACACUGCUGCUAUUUUUUAUUCAUGUUAUGGUUCUCGUACUUGAUAGUAUCCUCAAUUCUGCUCUUUUCCCGCGGAUUUCUCCUUUCUAAAAAUGCCCAAACAACCAACUCCACUUGCCUCUCCAUAUCCGAAAUUCCUUGCAUUCACGAAGAAUCGACAAUAUUACGUGUCCACGAACAACAAUGUAGUGAUAAUACAAAAUUAUCGUAUGUUUUUCAAAACAUAAACAGCGCUUCAGACAUUUGCUUGCCCCAAAAAGCACGAAUUGUUUUCGUGAUAAUAGACGCUUUACGAUACGACUUUACGCUCUACGACGAAAACAUAAAAAAUCCUCUACCGUUUCAAAAUAAAUUGCCGGUCAUAAAUACUUUAUUAAAGCAACAACCAGACAAUUCGAGAUUGUAUAAAUUCAUCGCUGACCCCCCUACCACAACAAUGCAAAGACUUAAAGCUUUAACGACUGGAAGUCUUCCAACUUUUAUUGAUGCCGGCUCGAAUUUCGCUACAAAUGAAAUCAACGAGGACAAUAUUAUUGACCAAUUGUUGAGACACAACUUGAGCACAGUUUUGAUAGGCGACGACACUUGGGACGGCCUCUACCCCAAUAGAUUUCUCAGGAAAUACCCUUAUCCCUCUUUCGAUGUCUGGGAUUUAGACACAGUCGACGAUGGGGUUAAUUCCCACUUGUAUCCCGAGUUAUCAAAUAAUGACUGGAGUUUCCUAAUAGCGCACUAUUUAGGAGUGGAUCAUUGUGGCCAUCGCUACGGCCCCAACCACUCUGAAAUGCAGCGGAAAUUAACAGAAAUGAACAUCGUAAUUGAGAGCAUUGUGGAGAAACUUGACCCCAACACCAUGCUGUUUGUCAUUGGGGACCACGGAAUGACCGAAACAGGCAAUCAUGGGGGCGACGCCGAUGACGAGGUCACCUCAGCUCUCUUCGUAUACUCUAAAAGACAGUUGUUGUCACUCCACUCUUUAAAUACUGUUCGCCAAGUCAGUCUUGUCCCCACAAUGGCGUCAAUUUUCGGAGUUUCAAUCCCAUUUUCGAAUCUAGGAACGGUGAUUCUUGACGCACUUCCCGUUGUUAAUAAUUCGCAAAUUCCUGAAUGGCAAUGGUCGUUAUUUUAUUUGUGGGGGAACGUCCAACAAAUGUUGAUAUACAUCGAAGACUACUCUAAAUCAGCCCCUGAGACUUUCAGUGACUCGACUUUGAGAGAAUUACGCGAGAAUUACGCCCUUUUGAAUAGUAAACUCUUCCACGUCAGUGAUGAAACCUCAUUUGCGAGUUUUUCAGAAGAAUGUUUCGGUUUUUUGACAAAAUUGCGCGAAACUUGCGAGAAAGUCUGGAUUCAAUUCGAUUCGUUUUCAAUGACUCGCGGUCUUUUAUUCCUUUUCCUGUCAAUGUUUUUCGUCUAUGUGAUAACAGAUGGGAUUCCAAAUAACCGUCUCCCGGAAAUUUUUAUGAGUUCUUUCCUGACUUGCUCCUAUUCGGUUCUAUUCCUCGCAGUUUGCGCCUCAACAAUCUUGUAUCAUUUCUCCUUCGUGACAAAUCUAACAUCUACGAUUUUUUUUUCAACCGGACUUGUCUCCCAAUUCAUGUUAGGAAUGUUGGUCAUCCAAAACUGGGAAUUGAUAAGUCUCAACUGGUAUGACCGGAGUAAAAAAGAGCGAAUUCCGAAUCUGAUUUGUCGUUUAGUCCUCGUCUUCCACUUGUGUGGCCUUUUUUCCAACAGUUUCGUCGUUGAGGAAUCAUCAGUUCUGCUAUUUUUACUCACUACUGUCAUACUAAUCGGAAGUUUGAGUGUGGGACAGGGUGAAACAAAGAAAAAAAUCCCUAGACCGAAAUUGAGACUACUGUUGAUCGCGUUUGGGAUGUUGGUUCUAGUUCGAUUUUCCAUGUAUUUCUGGCGGUGUCGAGACCGUUUAGAGCAACCUUGGUGUUACGAAACUUACAACUCUUUUACCUCAAAAGCUGAAACUUCGAAACUGCAGUGGAUCAUCACUCUUAUCACUUUGGCCCUUUUUGUGACAAUCACCAAAGUUUGGUUGCGUAAUUGUGGCAAUUUGAACGGUUAUAACCUCACGGUUAUUGUCCUUAAAUACGUACCGACGGUUUUGGUCGUGUGCACUAGCGGUUUUUGGGUUCUCAACCGACUUCCUGGAGACCCGAGAAAUAAAGCAAUACGACCAUGGCAAGCUAAUGUUUUAGCGUGGACCGUCUAUGGUCUCACUUUUGCUGGAAUUUUGACCGUGGUUUUAAAACCACUCUGUGUUUACAUUUUACCUAACGAAAAGACAGUCGAGGGGCAAAAUAUUAUCCCCCAUUUGUUCCACAAAGUGAAGAAACUCUUCAAUGAACCAAACCAGGAUGAUGUUCCGAUUUUGUGCGGCCUUGGAACUGCAUACAGUGCUGUUUUUAUCUCAAUUGGAAUUUUUUUGACCCAUUUGUUUGCUCUACUUCAUGGAGAUGGUGUGGCGCCGGCAACUGUUAUCAUGUUUCUUGCGUCGGCUUUUGUUUUGAUAAUCACCUCGAUAAUCCGACUUGAAAAAGCCACUACUAUGGAACAACUUUUCGAAAUUCCGAACAUGUCCCUCCUGGUGUGGGUGAUUCUGGCCCAGUAUUUUUUCUACGGGACGGGCCACCAACCCUCCUUCCCCAACAUAAUCUGGGAGGCGGCUUUCGUGGGAACUUCGGGUGUUUUCAGCCACAAUUAUAUCCUCGGAAGUUUGAUAAUUUUGAACACAUUUUGUUCGCAAAUUUUGGUGGGAUUUCUGGUGCCUCUGCUGAUUGUAAUGCCGUUUACGUUGUCGGUCAUGUUGCCAACUUCCAUUAACCGAAAUAUCCUUGAAAAGGAGAAUUUGAGAGGAGAGGUUUUGUUGUAUGAGCGUGAUGGUUUGAUGAUUACGGUUGUAUUCUCCACCAUUUGCAAGUAUAUGAUUUGUCACGGGAUUAGGGUUUUUGCGACAAUGUUGGCAGCGACGAUUCACUGCAGGCAUAUGAUGAUUUGGAAAAUUUUCGCGCCGAAAUUGAUUUUUGAAUCGAUUGGGAUGUUUGUGACUUUGGUUGUGCUUAAUUUAAGUUAUUUGGUGCUUCUGAGGAUUAAUUUUAAAGUGGAUCAACUGAUAGUGUCAUUGAAUAAAAGGUGUAGAUAAUAAAUUAUUUAUUUGAGUGUGACAAUGGAAAGAAAUUAAAGUGCUAAUUAUUAUAGACGUUAUACUAUAAUUUUGAACUCACAAUAGGAAAAUGUUACUAUUAAUGACUCACUCAGGUUUGUUAUUCAUUUAGACAUUGUAAUCGCAGCAAUAAUAGUCGACUUUUAGUUAAUACUUCAAUAAGAAAAUGCAUAUAAUCGAAAGAAUAAAUUAUAAGCUUUAGUUUUGUGUACUGCUAAUAAUCUAGUCGAAAAAGACUUUUAAUGUUUUGUUUAUUGUCUUUUUGCUUUUUGAUGUAAUAAUUGUCUUUCUGUGUUUCUUGAUAGUAUUUUGUUUUGAUGUUGAGGAUAAAAUAUGU